AUGUCUACAUCACCUGUAUCACCGCGUUUUGUGAUGACUUGCACGGACGAAGGCGCUGAAGUCACUCUUGUCAGUACGGAUCAAAUCCAUUUCAAAGUACACUCGUAUCUGCUGAAAACACACUCCUCUGUAUUGCGAGAUAUGCUUAUUGAUCCAGGUCUGAAGCCUACAGCAAUCUCCCUCGAAGUACCUAGUGGCGAUCUGAAAUUAUUCCUUGAUUUAAUGCAUCAGAGCGAGCCGGAUAUGAGCAACAAUUGGCCUCAAUGCAAGCGUGUCAUCGACCUCUGCUUGUUGUACGAUUGCAAGAUAGUCCUAGAAAGAUUGCGUUUUCGGUUGAAACCCCUAGCUCAUCAAGCACCUUGGGAGAUCUUCUGUAUGGCCUCACAGUGCGAGGACGUCAGCCUGGCGAGAAAAGCACUGAAAUCAAUGGGAAAUGACGAAGAACAUAGAACACUUGUUCUCACCAGCCUCUCUCUGAAAGAUGCCACUCGGCCCUCGCUUCCUUUUCUUCUAGGAUUGAUCGUGCAGCUACACCAAAAAUGCGAAAUCAGAAUGCGAUACCAAAUUGGGCUGGGAACUUUCCAGGGAGUUGAUUGGAACACUAUAGGUAGAGCGUUUGAACCUAUCACCUGA